AUGGCGAGCGUGGUGGUGAAGACAAUCUGGCAGUCCAAAGAGAUCCAUGAGGCCGGGGAUCCCCCCGCAGGGGUCGAGAGCUGCUCCCAGCUGGUCCCGGAGGCCCCUGGGGGGGUAAUAAGCCCAGCCAAGGGGAUCACGAAGAAAAAGAAGGCUGUGUCGUUCCACGGGGUGGACCCCCGCAUGUCCCAUGAACCUAUGCACUGGUGCCUGAACCUCAAACGGUCCUCAGCCUGCACUAAUGUGUCACUGCUCAACCUGGCUGCCAUGGAGACCACAGACUCCUCAGGCACAGACUCUACCACAGACGACAGCAUUGGCCAGCCCGCACUGCCUGGGCCCCCCGCUCCCCCUAAUCCACCCUGGGCUCCAGAUGACCCAGACAUCAAGGAAAUACUGAGUGGGGUUAACAAUGGAUUGGUCCGUGCCAAAGACUCCAUCACCAGCUUGAAGGAAAAGACCACCCGGGUUAAUCAGCACGUGCAAUCAUUGCAGAGCGAGUGCUCGGUACUGAGCGAGAAUCUAGAAAGAAGACGACAAGAGGCGGAAGAACUGGAAGGCUAUUGUAGUCAACUCAAGGAGAACUGCCGGAAGGUGACUCGGUCUGUGGAAGAUGCUGAAAUCAAAACCAAUGUCCUGAAGCAGAACUCUGCCCUGCUGGAGGAGAAGUUGCGUUAUCUCCAGCAGCAACUGCAGGAUGAGACGCCGCGGAGGCAGGAGGCCGAACUGCAGGAGUUGGAGCAGAAGCUGGAGGCCGGCCUCUCCCGGCAUGGCCUGACCCCUGCCACAGUGUCCCAGGGCUUCUCCGGCCCCCCAGGAAGCCCCGAUGAACCUCCUCGGUCCCGCAGCAUGGCCCCCGGUGGCUGGGGAAUGGCGUCCAGGCCAGGGGAAAGCCCCCUAGCGGGCGAACAGGAGUUGCAGAAAGUCUCUGCAGGUUUAGAGGAAUUAAGGAGGGAUAUGUCCUCGCUCACUGCUCGGUGGCAUCAGGAGGAGGGUGCUGUUCAGGAGGCCUUGCGGCUGCUUGGUGGCCUAGGCGGGAGGUUGGACGGCUUCCUGGGCCAGUGGGAGCGGGCGCAGCGUGAGCAGGCGCAGACAGCGCGGGGGCUGCAGGAGCUACGGGGAAGGGCUGAUGAGCUGUGUACCUUGGUGGAACGGUCAGCAGUGUCCGUGGCUUCGCUGAGGAGCGAACUGGAGGGGCUGGGCCCAGUGAAACCGAUUCUGGAGGAGCUGAGUCGGCAGUUUCAGAGCUCCCGAAGAGGCUCCGACCUCUCCAUGAACCUGGAUCGGUCCUCCCAAGGCUCCUGUGCCCGAUGUGUCAGCCAGGGGCAGCAGUUAUCCACGGAAUCCCUACAGCAGCUGCUGGAACGAGCCCUGACCCCAUUAGUGGAUGAGGUGAAGCAGAGGGGUCUGGCUCCCGCCUGCCCCAGUUGCCAGAGGCUACACAAGAAGAUUCUGGAGCUGGAGCGCCAAGCCUUGGCCAAACAUGUCAGGGCAGAGGCCCUGAGCUCCACCCUUCGCCUGGCCCAAGACGAAGCACUACGGGCCAAGAACCUGCUGCUGACGGACAAAAUGAAGCCGGAGGAGAAGGUGGCCGCUCUGGAUUAUCUGCACUUGAAGAUGUGCUCCCUCCAUGAUCAACUCAGCAGCCUGCCACUUGAGGGGUCCAUGGGGACCAUGGGUGGAAGUAGUGGGGGAACUCCCCAAAAACGUGGGGGCUCAGCCCCUGAACAAUAA